AUGUUCCACAAAGUGACGAUGCAAGAGAUGAAACGUUUUGACAGUCUUAUGAAACCACAUUUGGAUGGUCUUAAUAUUGACACCGACAGAUGGAUUAUCAAUUUAACGGACAUACAAUUGCCAUGGUAUGUUCAGAAUACUCUUGCAUUAGGUGAUAAGUUUAAUUUACCGAUGAAGAACAACAAGGUUGCUUCUGAACAAUUCAUUGCCAACUUUGAACCGAAACUCCAAACGCUUGGUAAAAAGUACAGAGUAGAAUUGAGAAACAAAGUGUGUAAUGUCAUCACCAAUUUCAAGAAACUUCCUACUAAACAUAGUACGAUCGAUGAAGUGAUUAAGGCUAAUCACAUUGCAACCGUAACGUUUUUGGCUCAAAACCCUCAAUUGCUCGUGCUGAAUGCUGACAAAGGGAAUGUUACUGUGCUGAUGCAGAAAUUGGACUAUGAAAUUAAAAUGAUGACACUGCUUAGUGAUUCAACAACUUACGUACCACUGGAUCAUGACCCAACCGCAUCAAUUCAAGACAAAGUCAACAAACUUUUUACACGUUGGCAAGAACAAUCGUAUAUUACUGAAGGCCAAGGCAAAUGGUACAGACGAUACAAUUCAGUAUGCUCCAGGAUGUAUGGGUUGAUUAAGAUACACAAAACUGGUCAUCCAAUCAGACCAAUUGUGGCAAGCAUUGGUUCGCCCACGUACAAUUUAUCCAAGAUGUUCUCUAAUAUUUUGAAAAAUGUGGUUGGAAAAUCGCACAGGUCAAUUAAAAAUGGGACGGAAUUGGUGAAGAAAAUUCGACGAAUUAGACUACCACCCAAUUAUGUGUUGAUAUCGUUGGAUGUAGUCUCCUUAUUCACGAAGAUUCCGAAAGAUUUGGUUGUAUCAGCCGUUAACAAGAGAUGGACAAAAAUCAAGAAAUUCACCAAUCUACCAAAAGAUGAAUUCAUCGUUGGAUUAACAAUGGUACUUGAUGAAUGCUGCUUUCAAUUUGAUGGGAAAUUCUAUCGUCAAGUGUUUGGUUCUCCAAUGGGAUCACCUGCCAGCCCAGUUUUCGCAGAUUUAGUCAUGGAGAUUUUAGAAGAUGAUGUUAUUCGAAAGCUGAAAUUCAAAUUACCUUUCUACUGGCGGUUUGUUGAUGACAUCAUAACAGCUGUUCCGGCAGACAAAGUCAAUGAGACUAAAGCUGAAUUUAACAGAUAUAAUGAACACAUCCAAUUCACCGUUGAAGAAGAACAGGAUUCAUUAAAACUGAUUGGUAUCAUAAAGACACAUGGUCUGGCCGGUAUCUUAAUUUCAAGUCGCACUUACCUUCGUCCUACAAACGCAACACCGUUACACUUUUGA